AUGUAUGAUAUUAAUGAAGAUGGUUUAACAUUAGAGAACGACUCAGAAUCAAAGGAUGGCAUGAAAUCAAAGAGCGAUCCAGAACUAGGAGAUGACCAGGAAUUAUCCGAAAUACCUCUGAUGGAAAUUCGUAAUCAUGGAUUUACUUUCGUUUUCAUUAUUAGUAAUAUUAAUAGUGAUUAUUCAAUCCAUGAUAUCGAUGAUAAAGAAUUACCGAUUAAAUAUGGUGGAAUAGUUAAAUUAUUUUCUAAAGAAGACUAUAUAACGAAUCAAAAGACUGAAAAAGAUAAACAAAUAACAGAAAAAAGCAAUCAAAAUUCUGAUGAUGGAUAUAUUCUUAUUCUCUUAACACUUUCAGGGAUCUAUAAGUAUCAUAUAAAAAACAAACCAUUAAGUAAAUACCUUUCAGAGACCGAUUUCACGCAAAUCAAUCCUAUAGAACGUGGUCUUGAAAUAGCGGAGAUUGUAGUGAAAAAUAUUGCAUAUCAUGCGUAUUUUGAUGAGAUUAUAAUGCUUUGUUUUUUUUGCAAUGACGAGAUGUUACUUAUGUAUUAUAAAGACGAAUGGGCUGUUUGUGAUGUUUUCGGCUCAUUACGGGAUUCUGAUAAAUUAGAAGAUCUAGAAUUUAUUGAGAAAUUUAAAAUGAUAUUCCCAUCAAAUUCGUUCAUGGUCAUUGAUAAGGAAAAUGGUGAACAAGAUUGGAAAAAAGAUCUCAAUGAUAGCAUUCAAAAAUUAGAAUUAGAUAAAUAUCACAAUAUGCUUGAACCCUGGAGCCAUAUUUUCUCUGCUGAUUUAAGCCAUCCACAAUAUUGUUUCUAUCUUGAUGAGAAAAAAGAAAAACUUCUUUUAAUUGGAAACCAUACCAUUCAAGUUUGGUAUAGUCAAGGACCAGAGGAAGGUCCUAUAAAAAGAUCCCUUGAAUUCAUUCAUGUUCCUCUAUCUCAUUUGUCUUUUCCUGACACGGAAAUUUUGGAUAAAUGGCGAGAGAAAAAAAUGAAAGUAAUAGACAUUAAGUAUUGCAUCGGAAAAUUCAAACUUAACAUUCAAAUUGAGGAUACAGAAGGUUUCCUUCAAAUUAAACAAAUUAAAAUGGAAGAUGAAGAUGAUAUUAUAAAUGUAGCAAGAUAUGCUUGUUGUGCGCUUAAAUAUUUUUCUGUUUAUAGAGUAAUCGAACAGGCUUUUGAUGAGGAGUUCAAAUUAAAAUUCUAUGAUACAAUAGAAGAAACGCGAAAAAUAAUUUUGAGAUUUAUUAGAUUGCAUCCAACUGAAUGGCGAUUGUUAGAUAUUCGCUUUGAUUUAAUGAGUGGAAUAAGCACAAUUCGUACUGCACUUUCAGAAUAUUAUCCUAAUAAUGCAGUUCAUAAUAUCGGAUGGAUGAAUACAGUUGUAGACAUCAUACCAGAAUUAUAUGAGUGUAGUGAAAAAACUAAUGGAAAAGAAAAUG